AAUGGCGUCGCGCUCACCGUCUCGAGAAUACCGCCGGUCCCUGUCACGGACUCCCCCUCGAUCCAACGACUCUCGCUCGCCGCCGCCAGCGCAUCGCCGUCGACGCUACGAUUCGCGAUCCCCGUCGCGUUCGCCUCGAUCCAGAUCGCGGUCGUUUACGCCGCCGCCUCGUCGCAAUGGCCGUCAUAGGAGCGCGAGCGGAAACAGGAACCGUGAUCGCGUUAGGGGCUCUCGAUCGCCUAGCGAGAGCCCUCUGGCUAAAAGCACAAAGAUUGUGGUAGAGAGACUGUCGAAAAACAUCAACGAGGAGCAUCUUUAUGAAAUAUUCGGUCAAUUUGGACAUAUCAAGGAUCUUGAUCUGCCAAUCAACCGAAGUUUCGGUACGAACCGAGGCACCGCGUACAUCCUGUACGAUCACGAAGCCGACGCCGAAGCGGCCAUUUCACACAUGCACGAGGCGCAGAUCGACGGCGCCGUUAUCAACGUCUCCAUCGUCCUACAGCGCAGAAAGCUCUCGCCCGCGCCUCCUACAGCUCGACGCGGCGCCAACAUUGACCCUCGAGUCCCCUUUCAGAGCUCUCGCGGCGGAGGCCCACCUUCUGGCCCAAUGGGUGGUGGUGGAGGAGGCGGUGGGCGCCGUCGCCUCUCGCCAGCGAGCCGAUACGGUCCUCGAUCUGAUGUCUACCGACCCAACUCGUUAUCGCCGGCUCGAUCGCCUGGCGGAGGCCCUCCAUCUCGUGGAGGCGGCGGCGGUGGUCGAUUUCGUAGUCGGUCCAACGACUCGUUCUCUUCUCGAUCUCGGUCCAGAUCACCGGCGCCUAGACGACGGGGCGGAGGAGGGGGUAAUGGAGCAGGCCGACGUGAUGAUCACGACACCCGACGCCGCAGUCGCAGCCGCAGUUUUGACGACGACCGGAGCGCGGGUCGAAACUAUAGGUGAUGAAUGGAAGAGGGAAGAGGACCUCUAUUAAUGGCACGCUGUUUAGGCUUGGGGAAUAAUCUUGCUUCUUGUUUUAAAACCACUGGUGGCGUUGGGAGCUUAAGGGAAGGAAAGGUAUAUGGGAAGCCUUUUGGCAAAUGGACAAAUAAACAACCACGUUGGAACAACGGGUUCCAGAUGACUCAUUCUGCUUGUAUGAAGUUUACAGAUAUCACAGUGGCCAGAAAAGCCCAGUUGAUUGGUUUGCGUAUGUUGGGCGAUUGCCUUUAGAUAGACAAGAUAUCACUGCAAUGUAAGGAUUGUAUGUAUGUCAAGCCAUCUUUCGUAACGUACCGUUUUAAGUCUACUCAUUUGUCUUGAAUGUUAUUUGCUUGUUCUUAUUUCUGUGAUUGUUGUCUACCCUGCAUUUUUGCUUCAAUAUUUUGAGCCGAAAGAAUAUGGCCAAUAUUGAUGAUAAUCAGUUUCUCAAUCGUCCGAAUAUGAGUUUAAAGACUGCUGUUGCCUUUAUACAUUGCCUAAAUAUGACGAAGUCGGGCAAAUAGGGCAAUUUCAACUAUCAACCGGAUUACUAGACAAUUCAUUUGUUUUCUAGAUAUUUUUUGUAUUCUCUGGUAAUGUUCUGCCGCAGAGCAUCUGCCGAAUUCAUAGAAUAACCAACAACUUGACAGCUAAAAGCACCUCACUUGUGAUAUUAUUCAAGCAUGGUUACUAUAACCAUUCUGGUUAUGGAUAAUUAUGCCCCUUUAUAUUAGGUACGACUUGAUUAAGAAAAUACAACAGUUACAAACAUCUAAAUCGAUCCAUUAUUUCCAUAUACCAAUGAAGGCCCACACAUCUGCUUUUUUCAAAAAAGCAUAUCCCCUUUUCAAAAAAAAAAAAAAAAAAAAAAGAAAAGAAAAAAAGGAUAUGCGCGUCUCUAUACUAAAGGAAAACAAAAACACAACUUCUAACUCUAAAACAGCAUUCCUGCGCCAAUCAAACCCAACGCUACUCCAGCGGCAUGUAUAUCCGCCGUAGCAAGAGCCCUAGCAGCGCCCUUGCU